UCAAGUCCGCGUAGAAAGAGGUGGGUGAGCCCGGCAAAGACAGACUCUCGGAGAUGACAGGAUGUUCCGUCAUCAAGGCGCAAUUCAUUCCUUCAUCUGAAAUUGGAUUAUUCAGUCGCAAUAACUGUAUAAGUCUCUCGUUUUCGAAUUCGAAUCGAAUUCUCUUUGCUCCCAUCCGAUUCCCACGACUCUUGCCAACCAUUAGAGCAGCAGCAACCAUGGAAAGCAACCAAAGGGAAAGUGUCAACAGCGGAGUCAUCCCAGUGAUGAAGUUAUUGUUUGUCGAGAUGGGCGUAGGCUACGAUCAACAUGGGCAAGACAUUACUUCAGCAGCAAUGCGAGCCUGCAGGGAUGCUAUCUCUUCCAAUUCAAUCCCUGCUUUCCGAAGAGGGAAUAUCCCAGGUGUUUCAUUUGAUCAGAUGAAGCUUCAGAUCAAGCUUGGGGUUCCUCGACCUCUCCAACAAUUUCUCGACAUUGAGAGGGUCAAGUCUGUCUUUCCUUAUGGUAGCAUUAUGAAUGUUGAUAUUGUGGAUGGUGGACUAAUAUGCUCAAGUGGUGUGUGUGUGGAAGAAAUGGGAGAUAAGAAUGAUGACUGCUAUGUAGUCAAUGCAGCAGUCUAUGUUGGUUAUUAAACUUGUUUGUUACCAGCUUUUUAUAAGGUUGGCUUCUCUUUAUGAGCGAUUAAUAUGGGAUUGCAAUUCUGGUUCCUUCAAAAUUGAAAAUUUCAUUGUUAUAGCCUGGAUAUCAUUUUCCUC